AUGACCUCAAUAGGGCGUGUAACAUCAGUUGACAAGGCCAUGAAUGAAAUCUACUUCUUCUUCUUCUUCUUCUUCUUCUUCUUCUUUUUUGUCACGUCUCUCGGAGAAGAGAAAAGAAGCCGGAAGGGCGGAGGCGGCCGGAAGGGCGGAGGCCCAAAGAAGAAGCCGGUAUCCCGGUCGGUCAAGGCCGGCCUCCAGUUCCCGGUCGGCCGGAUCGGUCGUUACCUCAAGAAAGGCCGCUACUCCCAGCGCGUCGGCACCGGCGCGCCCGUCUACCUCGCCGCCGUCCUCGAGUACCUCGCCACCGUCCUCGAGUACCUCGCCGCCGAGGUUCUGGAGUUGGCCGGGAACGCGGCGCGGGACAACAAGAAAAACCCAAAGCCGGAGAAGAGAAACCCAAAGCCGGCACCUGACAGCGGACGGACAGGCGGGCUCCUCCUUCUUCUCAGGUCCACUCCGAGCUCCGGCGGGCAGGCUCGAUGCUGCUUAAAAGUUUCAAACUUUCGUUUAGUAUGGGAAAGGAAUAAACACGAGGGAGAACCUCCUUGUUAUUCGAACUCAUGGAUUAUUACUCUACCUGUCUAUUUACAAUCUCCAGGCAUUGUCGCUAGCACCAGCUUUGCCCUUCUACUAUUACUAUGCAUUGUCCUUUCCCGGGUACGUGAAAGAAGAAAACUUACAAGGAUAAAAGAGGAAUACUUUCGGCGACAUGGAGGGCGGUUGUUACUAGAAGAGAUAAAGUCGAAGCAAGGUCUUGCAUUUAAGGUAUAUACGAAAGGAGAGCUAGAGCAGGCAACAAAUAACUUUGACAAGAACCGAAUUCUUGGAGGUGGAGGCCAUGGAACCGUCUAUAAGGGAAUACUGAAUGACAGUCAUGCAGUUGCCAUAAAAAAAUCAAAAAUAAUUAAUGAUUGCCAAAAGAAGGAAUUUGGGAAGGAGAUGGUUAUUCUUUCUCAGAUCAACCAUAAGAAUGUGGUGAAGCUCUUGGGAUGUUGUCUGGAGGUGGAAGUCCCUAUGCUGGUUUAUGAAUUUGUCUCAAAUGGAACGUUAUUCCAAUUAAUCCAUGACAGAAAUAAGUCAUCCCACAUUUCAUUGGAUACCCGUUUGGAGAUUGCUUUACAGUCUGCAGAAGCCCUUGCAUAUCUACAUUCAUCAGCUUCCCCUCCAAUCCUUCAUGGAGAUGUCAAGUCUUCCAACAUACUUUUGGAUGACAACUACAAUGCAAAGGUGUCCGAUUUUGGAGCUUCAAUGUUGGUGCCAAAGGAUGAAACUCAGUUUGCUACAUUAGUUCAAGGGACUUGUGGUUACCUGGAUCCUGAAUACCUACAAACAUGUCAAUUAACCGAUAAAAGUGAUGUUUAUAGUUUUGGUGUUGUUCUUUUGGAGCUCCUCACUAGAAAGAAGGCAAUUUAUUUUGAAGGAUCUGAUGAAGAAAGGAGCUUCUCAUCAAGUUUUUUAUCUGCCAUGAAGGAGGAUCGACUUCUACAGCUUUUGGACAGUCGUAUUAAAAAUGAAGAGGAUAUGGAAUUGGUACAAGAAGUUGCUGAGCUAACAAAGCGAUGCCUCAAUGUUAGAAGUGAAGAUAGGCCUACGAUGAAGGAGGUGGCCGACGACCUAAAUCGGUUAAAAAAAUUCAAGCAGCAUCCAUUUUUACAACAUAAUCCUGAAGAGAUUGAGAGUUUGCUUGGUAAGCCACCAAGCUACACUGAAAAUGAAAUCUCUCAAUACUAUAGUAUAGAAAAGAAAGCAACGAUAGAUAUAGAAUGUGGAAGAUGAGCUUUUUUUUCCCUUUGUUUUUCGAAGAAGAGUUGGAGGAUGAUCA